CAGCAAUGACGUCAGGCAUUGGAAGAGGGUGACCGAACCACAGGUGGGGAUCGGUUUCACUCCCCCGGGACAAGGAUCUUAUUGCUGACCUCUGUCAUCACAAUAAAUACAUUCUCUGCACACUGAGGUAACUGCUCUCACUGUUUUUGUUAUUUCACCCCGUGACAUGGGGGGGCUGCGCAAUGAUGAAAUUUCAUGUUUUAAAGAAUAAGUCCUCUUGUGAGAUGUAUCCUCAAAGGCACUGUAGGAUCAUAACCAUUGGUUGGAGUAGAAGAAGAGGGAGGACUUCCUCCAGCAGAAUUGCAUCAAUGCUCAGAUUGCACCUAGGCACUGGUAUAAAUGCUCUUUGAUAGGAGGACAUCACACCUAUGUGAUUCGGCAGGCAGAGAUGAGUGACUUUGUCAACAGUGUCACUGCAGCUCAGAUUAACCUAUCUGAUGAUGCACCAUGGAAAAAGAUACAGAAGAACACCUUCACACGCUGGUGCAAUGAGCACCUGAGAUGUGUUGAUAAACAGAUAAAUGACCUCCGCUUUGACCUGAGUGAUGGCCUGAACCUCAUCUCCUUACUAGAGGUUCUGAGCCACAAGAGGAUGUUCAGAAAGUUUCAUGCAAGACCCACGCUUAGGCAACUUAAGCUGGACAACGUUUCAGUAGCUCUGGAAUUUUUGGACCGUGAAAAGAUCAAGUUAGUGUCUAUAGACAGUAAGGCUAUAGUGGACGGAAAUCUGAAGCUCAUCCUGGGGCUGGUCUGGACUCUCAUCCUGCACUACUCCAUCUCUAUUCCUGUGUGGGAGGAUGAGGCCAGUGAUACAGUCACAAAACUCACCCCGGAAAUGAGGCUGCUGGGAUGGAUCCAGAGUAAAGUGCCUGAGCUGCCCAUCACCAACUUCAGCCAGGACUGGCAGGACGGCAAAGCAUUGGGAGCUCUUGUAGAUGGUCUUGCGCCAGGCUUGUGUCCAGACUGGGAGAGCUGGGAGGCAGUCCAGAGAGUUACUAACACCAGGGAGGCCAUGCAGCAGGCGGAUGACUGGCUAGGAGUACCACAGCUCAUUGCUCCAGAGGAAAUCCUUGAUCCUGGUGUGGAUGAACGGUCUGUCAUGACUUACCUCUCCCUUUUCCCCAAAGCCAAGCUGAAACCUGGAGCUCCACUCAAACCAAAGACCGUGCCUAAACCUAAAGCUUGUCGUGCCACUGGACGGGGGCUGCAGGCCAGAGGUCUUAGGGUGGGUCAGUUGGCUGACUUUAAGGUUGACACCCACAAGGCUGGACCUGGAAGCCUGGCAGUUCACAUCCGCGAGCCCACUGGUAAUGAAGUAGCGGUGAAGCAGAGGGAGGUACUGGAAGGCAUUUACGACUUUGAAUACAUGCCUGGUGAUGAAGGGGACUACACUGUGGACAUCACCUGGGCUAAUAAGCACAUCCCAAAAAGCCCUUUUAAGGUCCAUGUUGGGCCCAAAGCUGGUCAGCAGAAGAUUAGAGCCUGGGGUCCUGGACUGGAAGGAGGAACUGUGGGGAUGCCUGCUUCAUUCCUUGUAGAGGCCACUGGUGUUGAAGCUGGUAUGCUAGGUUUUGCCAUUGAGGGCCCGUCUCAGGCUAAAAUUGAGUGUGAUGAUAAAAAUGCUGGCUCAUGCUUUGUGAGAUUCUGGCCCACUGAAGCAGGGGAGUAUGCUGUACAUGUGAUGUGUGAUGAUGAGGAAAUAGAGGACAGUCCUUUCAUGGCUUGUAUAGCACCUAAGAGAAAAAGCUUCAGCCCAGAGAAGGUUAAAGUAUAUGGUGCAGGAGUUUCUCCAGCUGGACUCUUGGUGAACUGUCAGGCAGAAUUUACUGUCGAUGCCACUCAAGCUGGUGAAGGAGUGCUCAAAAUCUUUAUACAGACUCUGGAAGGAAGCAGUAUAAACGUGGAUGUGAUUUGUGAAGAGGCUGGCAUUUAUAACUGCUCCUAUACUCCCACUACUAUCUGCAAACACACCAUCGUUGUGUCUUGGGGAGGAGUAUCUGUUCCUGGCAGUCCUUUUACUGUAAUGCCUGGCAAAAUUAAAAUUGAACCAUAUGCUGGAAGCUGGAGUAGACCUCAUGGAUCAGAGAUAAACUACUUGGAUGAGGAGAUGGACACUGAUCAAGUCACUGAAGUAAACAUGAAGGCUGGAAAUGGGAGCAGACUGGAUAUCGAUGUAGUCAGCCCCUUAGACUUGCCUACCAGUGCCACAAAGGUGAAGGCUUACGGGCCAGGUUUAAGGGGUGGCCUGCUGGGGCAGCGGGCAGAAUUUACUAUCGACACAAGAGCUGCAGGCAGUGGAAGACUCACCGUCACAGUGGAGGGUCCAUGUCAGGUUACUCUGCAGUGUAUGGACAAUGAGGACGGCACCUGUGCUGUGUUCUAUCUGCCCGCUGAGAAUGGGGAAUACACAAUCAGAAUCUUCUUUGCCAAUUCACAAAUCCCUGGUUCCCCAUUUCUCCCUGUGGUGCAUCUUCCCCUUGAUCCCUCUAAAGUAACCGUAUCAGGCCCUGGUUUGACCAAGGGGAAGGUGGGGGAACCUUGUAUGGUGAACAUAGACUGUGCUCUGGCAGGGUCAGGUGACCUCUCUGUGGAGGCUGUCUCUGACUCAGGAGCCAUAGCUAAGACUGAAGUGCUGGAAAAUGAAGACGGCAGCUACACAGUCGUUUACGUUCCCCUCACUGCUGGUGUCUACACACUUCUUCUGAAAUACGGAGGCCAAGUGGUGCCAAACUUCCCUGCGGAAAUUGUGGUGGAUCCAGCUGUCUACAAAAGCCAUGUUAAAUUGACAGGGCAAGGAGACCUGGCAAAUGCAGCAGGGUUUUGUAAGCCAAGCCAAGUACUUGCAGAUGGUCUAGGACUUCUCCAAGGCCUUGCUGGACAUCCCAACAUGUGUUACAUAAACACCAGAGGAGCUGGAAAUGGUCAUCUUGAAGUAACAGUGGAAGGUCCAUCUGAGUCCAAGGUAUCAUGCAAGGACAAUGAAGAUGGCAGCUACACUAUGGAAUACAUUCCAUCUACAGCUGGCCAGUAUGACGUUAACAUCACCUAUGGAGGGAAGAGCAUUCCAGGUAGUCCAUUUAAAGUAACAGUGAAGGACGUUUCAGGCACUAGUGCAGAAAUAUUUGGACCAGGGAUUUGUGCCCAAAGUUCUCAGAACUUCACGUUUGACAGCAAGAAAACUGGCAAUAUACCAGAGACAGUGACUGUGAUAACUCCUCAAGGUAAGUCUGAGCUGAUGGAUCUCAAGGACAAUGGAGAUGGGACCUACACAGUGAACUAUUCCCCUUCUGUGGAAGGCCCUCACUCUUUGAUGGUCAAAUAUGCAGGGGAUGAUUCAUACUGCAGUCCUGUUAACUUCCACGUACUGCAAAGACCAGCUGCUGGUGGAGAAAAGGCCAAAAAUCAAGGCCCCAGGAGAGAGAUGAACAUUUCUGGAGAAGGUUUGGAGUCUGGGAUAUGCGCUAAAACUCCUCAGUCUUUUACCAUCGGCUGCAGUGCCACUGGAAAGGCACCAGAGACUGUUGCCAUUGCCAAACCUGAUGGUACAGUUGAGGUGCUUGAACUGACUGACAAUGGAGAUGGAACCUAUACAGUUACCUGUUCCCCAACCACGGGUGGCUCACACUUAUUGGCGGUAAAAUAUACAGAUGAGGAGGCCUUUAGUAGUCCCUAUGAAUUCCAUGUGCUGGAUGCUGAGUGUGCUUUGCAAAGUAUUGUUACUGCGCCAGGUUUGGUGUCUGGAAUUUGUACUCAAACUCCUCAAGUCUUCACAAUUGACUGCAGAGAACAUGGGAAGCUGCCUACUUCGAUCGCUAUGAUGAAUCCCAAAGGUUUGAUUGAAUUACUUGGUGUUAAAGACAAUGGCGAUGGGACCUACACAGUGAGCUAUUCUCCUUCUGUAGAAGGCCCUCACUCAUUAAUGGUCAAAUAUGGAGACAAUACUGCAUUUAGCAGUCCUUUCAAGUUCCAAGUGCUGCCCAAACACGAUGGCAGCUUCGCUCAAGACUGCAGGAGUAAGACGGAGAUAAAUGGACCAGGCUUGGAGGGAAAAUAUUGUGCUAGAACUCCUCAAAAUUUCACGAUUGGCUGCAGCAGCACUGGAGCAGCACCAGAAACUGUUGUCAUUGUGAAUCCUGAUGAUUCAGUUGAUCUGGGCGAAGUAACAGAUAAUGGAGAUGGAACUUACAGUGUUGUCUACUGCCCCUCCAUAGAUGGCCCUCAUUCUGUAGUAGUGAAAUAUGCAGAUGAGGAUGCUUUUAGUAGUGCAUUCAAGUUCCACGUACUCCCUACAGAUGAUAUGACUAAUGUAAAGAUCUCAGCAAAAGGGGUGGAGUCAGGGAUUUGUACCCAAAGAUUUGCACCCACUGGAAAAGUUCCACAGUCUUUAGCUGCGAUUACUCCGAAAGGAGUGACUGAGAUGAUGGUGGCUGAAAGCAGUGGAGAUGAGACCUACGUAGUGAGCUACUUGCCAACGACUGCAGAUCCUCACUCUUCAAUGGUGAGAUAUGCAGAGGAUGAUUCAAACUCUAGCCCCUGCAAUUUCCAAGUGCUUCCCACACCUGAUGCUUCAGAGAAUGAGAUGAGUAGGAAAGAGAACAUUUCUGGACAAGACAUGGCAGGAAUACAUGCAGGUGUUCCACAGAAACUUGUCAUUGGCUGCAGUGAUAAGGGAGAAGCACCAGAAAUGGUUGCUUUGGUAAAGCCUGAUGGUACAUUUGAUCUGGUAAAGGUGACAGACAAUGCAGAUGGGACUUAUACAGUGCACUGCACACCUUCAGUGGAAGGCCUGAACUCUUUGUUUGUCAAAUACGCCAAUGAAGAGCCAUUUAGACGAUCUGCUAGGUUUGAAGUACUGCCAGCUAAAGCAGAGUCAAAGGUGAAGUUCUCUGGGACAGGAAUGAAGUCUGGCAUAUGUACUCAGGCACCACAGACGUUCACCAUAGACUGUAGCACAACUGGAGAGACAGUCAAAUCGGUGGCUAUUGUGACACCAAAUGGUAAGACUGAGCUGGUGGAGGUCAAAGACAAUGGAGAUGGGACUUACACAGUGAACUAUUCUCCUUCUGUGGAAGGCCCUCAUUCUAUAAUGGUCAAAUAUGCAGAGGAUGAGUCUUUUAGCAGGCCCUUCAAGUUUCAAGUGCUUCCGGUUCUUGUAACUGGAGACCAGAAUAUCCCAGUUCAGGAUCUAAAAGUGUCUGGCCAAGAACUGAUGGGUGCGGUCUAUCAGAACAUCCCUCAGACAUUCACAAUAGACUGUAACAACACUGGGGAGGCACCAGAGAUUGCUGUAGUGGUAAAACCUGAUGGUACAAUUGAUCUCCUUGGGGUGCAUGAUAAUGGAGAUGGAACAUGCAGUGCUGCGUAUGCUCCUUCCAUGGAGGGCUCUUAUUCUUUUGUCCUUAAAUAUGCCAGAGAGGAAUCUUUUUGCAGACCCUUUGGGUUUCAAGUGCUUCCCACAGAGGAGACUCCGAUAAAGGUUACUGGGCCGGGUCUGGAGUCGGGGAUACGUGCCCAACAACCUCAGAUGUUCACAAUUGACUGCAGCCUAACAGGAGUUCCAGAGGCUGUGGCCAUAAUAUGUCCUAAUGGUACAACUGAAAUGCUACAGGCUAAAGACAAUGGAGAUGGGACUUAUUCAGUCAGCUUCUUCCCAUCUAUGGAGGGUCCUCAUGGAUUGCUGGUGAAAACUGCAGGAGAAGACAAAUACUGCAACCCUUUAGGGUUCCAAGUACUUCCAGCUGAGGUGGUGAAAGAGGUAAAGGUCAGCGGACCAGGCCUGGACUCUGGCAUCUGUAGCCAAAGUCCUCAGACUUUCAAGAUAGACUGCCGCAAGACAGGAGACACACCACAGGUUAUAUCCAUGCUCACACCAUAUGGUUUGAUGGAGCAGCUUGAGGUUAAAAACAAUGGCGAUGGCACUUAUAUAGUGAACUACUCACCCUCUGUUGAUGGGUUUCACUCUUUGAUGGUUAAAUAUGCGGCAGAUGAUUCAUACUGCAGCCCUUUCAGGUUCUAUGUGCUGCCCAGUACUAAUGCUGACACAGACCAUGACCUGGUGGAGGAACUGAAGAAAAAGACUGGAAUAUCUGGACCUGGCCUGGAGUCAGGAAUCUGCGCCAGAACUCCUCAAACAUUCACCGUUGACUGCAGCAGCACGGGAGAAGCACCAGAGACUGUUGCUGUGGUGAAGCCAGAUGGUACAGUCAAGCUUGUUGACAUAUCAGACAAUGGUGAUGGAACUUAUUCUGUGGCUUACUCACCUGGUGUGGAAGGCUCUUACUUCUUAAUGGUCAAAUACACUGAUGAAGAUGCAUUUAGAAGUAUGUGUUACAGUCCCUAUGAGUUCCAAGUAAUUCCAAGGGAUGACAAAGAAGAGACGAAGAUUUAUGGCCUCGGCCUGGAGUCAGGGAUUUGUUCCCAGGUUCCUCAGACCUUCAGAAUCAACAGCAGUGAAACUGGGAAGCCCCCAGAGACUGUGGUUAUGAUGACUCCAAAUGGUAAGACUGAACUGGUGGACAUCAAGGACAAUGGAGAUGGAACCUACACAGUGAACUAUUCUCCCUCUGUGGAAGGCCCUCACUCUUUGAUGGUCAAAUAUGCAGAUGAUGAGUCUUUUAUCAGCUCAUUGAAGUUCCACGUCUUGCCUACAAAUAAACAGAAGGGAGGAAAUGAAGAGCAGAGAGACACAGUAGAGAUUUCAGACCAGAAAUUAAACACCGGAAUCCAUAUUGAAAUGCCCCACACUUUUGCUUUAAAGUGCAGCAGCACUGGAGCAGCACCAGAGACCGCGGCAGUGGUCAAACCUGAUGGUACCAUAGAUCUACUAAAAGUACUAGACAAUGCGGAUGGGACAUAUCACAUGACCUACACUCCAUCUGAAGAGGGUGCACAUUCUCUAGUUGUCAGAUAUGCUGGUGAGGAGGCUUUCUGUAGUUCAACCGAGUUUAAUGUCCUGCCUCAACAUGAUCUGACCACUGAAACGGCCCUGGAUAGCAAAGUUUUGGGCAGAGAAAUUACACCUUUAGGCUUCACAAAUCAAGCAGGACUCAUGAUGUUUGACAUGGUGAUGCAGUUGGGUGAAGGCGAAAUCUCAGGUGAGGUUAUAAUGCCUUCUGGAAUGACAGCACAACUUGACAUCAUUGGAAAUGGUGAUGGUACCAUCACACUAAAGUUCAGUCCCACAGAGGAGGGUCUACAUCAUAUUCUCAUCAAAUCUCCAGCUGAAAUACCAGAGUUCUCUCUGCAGUACUAUGUGAACAGUUCCAUGAACCGCAGUAUGAAAGCUCAUGGGCGUGGGCUGGUGUAUGGAGUUACCCAUGAAACAGCAGCCUUUACCAUUUACCAUGAGGAUACAGCUAUAGGAGAACUGGACAUUACAGUUGAGGGAACGUCUGAAUCAGAGGUGUGCUGUUUUGAUAAUAAAGAUGGCACCUGCACUGUGACAUACCUGCCUACACAACCUGGUGAUUACAAGAUCCAGGUCCGGCAUAAUGACAUGCAUAUCAGUGGCAGCCCUUUUAAAGCCAAGAUCACUGAUGGCAGCCUGAGGAAAUCUCAGGUCAAACUUGGCCCUGCAGUGGACUUUGCUCUGGACAUUACAGAGGAGGACAUCAGUCUGCUCACCACAAGCAUAUCAUCACCCACAAGACAAGAUGUGCCCUGUUCGCUAAAGAGGCAACCUGACAGCCAUAUUGGUAUAUCGUUCAUUCCUAGAGAGGUGGGAGAGCAUCUGGUGAGCAUUAAGAAGGAUGGAAAGCAUGUGAGAAGAAGCCCGAUCCCUGUGUGCAUUAGCCAGUCAGACAUAGGUGACGCCAGCAAGGUGAAAGUGUUUGGACUUGGCCUGCACAGUGGACGUACUAACCACAUAUCUGAGUUUGUGGUCAACACACGGGAUGCUGGCUACGGUGGCCUGACUGUUGCCAUAGAGGGCCCAACUAAUGUAGUCAUUCACACAGAGGAGUUGGAGGGUGGAGCCUGUAGAAUAUCAUACUGCCCAAGCAAACCAGGCACCUACAAAGUGUCUAUCAGAUUCUCUGAUGAGCACAUACCAGGGAGCCCUUUCUUAGCAGAAGUGACAGAUGGUGAACUGAUGAGACAGAGCAUCACUCACUACCAGAAACCACCUUCGACUGCCAGUAUAGGCAAAGAAUGCAGCUUAACAUUCAAGAUAUCUGGAAUUGAUGUGGAGUCCAUGUCUGCCAAAGUGUCUGCUCCUUCAGGGAUGGCAGCAGAAGCUAUGGUCGCUGCCACACAUAGGGACACCUAUGCAGUGAGCUUUGUGCCAGAGGAGAUGGGCGUGCACAGUGUGAGCAUGAAGAGCCAUGGCCAGGAGAUUGAAGGCUCUUCUCUACAGUACACUGUUGGACCUCUUGGUGAGGGAGGUGCAGCCAAGGUGCAGACGUGGGGACAGGGCCUCCACAGGGCUCACGCAAAGAUACCAGCUGAUUUUAAUAUCUGGGCACGUGAGGCUGGAGAAGGCAGCCUGUGUGUCUCAGUGGAAGGACCAGGACACACUGAACUCCACUUAGAUGAUCACAAAGACGGAUCCUGCAGUGUAUCCUAUACUGUUGAAGAGCCUGGUGACUACCAGGUGUCCAUCUUGUUUAAUGAGGAGCACAUUUCUGCAAGUCCUUUUCUUGUGUCAGUCAGCUCCCUCACUGAAGAUGGAGAGAAUUCUCUAGAAGGGUUAGAAACCACUGAUCAUGAGCUGAUGAGUAAUGGCUGUGCUGAAUCCUCGCAGCCUGGGUCAAGCCUAAACUCCACGUGCACCUGCAGUGCUGAGUCUGUUCUUCUGUCUAAUGUCUCUGAAAUCACCAGCCAUGGGCCAGGACUGAGUGAGGCUAGUAUUGGUCAGAAAAACACCUUCUAUGUAGACUGCAGCAAAGCUGGGAGAAAUAUGCUGUUUGUUGGCAUGCUUGGGCCCACAGUUCCCUGUGAGAGAGUGACGGUCAGACACUUGGGCAAAAAUCAGUACAGUAUCAACUACACUGUUAAAGAGAGGGGCAAAUAUGUAUUAGCAGUGAAAUGGGGGGAUGAGCACAUACCCGGCUCUCCAUUCCACAUCAAUGUAUUAUGAAGACUUCCAGACCUUUAAGGCCCUAAUCGGCAUAUUUUAAUAACAUAUAAAUGGAUUGUUAAAUAGUUUAAUCUGCAAACUAUUAAAAUUUCUGUAUAUCAAUAAAACAGGAGUACUCUAAACAAUAAAAGU